AUCACACUCACUCUUCUCCUACCUAAGCCUACCACUCCCAACAUCAUGUACUACACCGACGUUGAAGGCUCUGUCUUCCCAGGGUGCUACUGGGGCAGCUAUGGCUACCCUCUGGGCUACAGUGUUGGCUGUGGCUAUGGUAGCACCUACUCUCCAGUUGGCUACGGCCUUGGCUAUGGCUACAAUGGCUGUGGGGCUUACAGAAGAUACUGGCCAUUUGCUCUCUACUGAUUUGCUGUGAUUCCCAGGCAUAGAUUCAUCUCUCUAUGAAGGCUGAGUGGCACCUCCAGCUUUACCUCCUGUCAUCCUCACUCGCUCAUCAUCCUCUCCCAAGAAGCUGUUUUUCAGAUCUUAAAACUGAAUCUCAAACAAAGGACCUGAAAUUCUAGAUGAUGCCUUAAGCUGUGUUUCCUGGAUGCUGUUUACUGGGACCUUUCCAGAAGCUUGGCAACUAUCGUGACAUGCACUGCUUUUGAAUUUUUCAAGACUCUCAAGAUUCCCUGUCAUGGUGAAGUUGUGGAUGUGUCUGUCAAAUUUUCAAUAAAUUUGUCUCAGCUUGCAUAAUGUUUC